AUGUACCUACCGUUUGCAGCCGUAGAUCAAACUGAUGGUAGACUAACGCAAAACUUCUUGUUUGCAGCCAGCAAGUCGCGUAAUAUGCUGAAGUCGUUUGUCAAGUCCCAGUUGGAUAUACCAAUCCACUUCAUAUGGUUACUUCUCACGGGACUGUUUUUUCAGUUUCCUGGUGUGGACGGAUUGGCCUCAUUGACUGAAGAUGAGUUCGCCGAAUUCACUGACCCAGAUGAUACGUUCACAUCUGACAUCACCGCGGAUAUCUCGUCCGCUGUACCAAAAAGUUCAAUUCCAAAGUCCCCGCCCGACCAGGAAACGGAUGGGACCCGCUCUCAGGAAGAUUCAGAGGGCUCUCAGGAAGAUUCAGAGGUAACGGGGCAGCCGUUGGACGCGUCUGUUUCGAGCGAAGUGGACGAUGGUAUGCUGCUUGUAAAUAGGAAGCCGGUACCCCUGACAGAAGCGGACAGGAUGAAAAGUGACACGGAUGCAACAGUGGAAGUAGUGCUCGUCGUCCUCAUUUUUCAGUCCGAUGAAUUCGAGGAUGUCGUUAUAAAAGAUGAUGAUGAGUUUGAAGACAUUCCAUCACCUUCCGACCCUGUGGAUCGGCCUACCGCUCAAUCCAAAGAGGCUCAUUCUGAUCUGAAGGUGGUAAAGAUCCCGCGUCAUCUUCGAGGUUCCUGGGACAGCUACUACCUGGAAAUGCUUUUCAUCUCCAUGUUGGUCAUCUACUUUUCCAACUUCCUCAUUGGAAGAUCCAAGAACACACAGUUGGCAACUGCCUGGUUCGCCGCGCACAAACCAAUACUGGAAACCCAGUUUGCUAUGGUUGGAGACGAUGGACAGGCUGAGCCCGGGUCUGGUACGCUUUUAAAGGAAUCGGAACACUUGUAUUCGCUUUGGUGCUCUGGUCGUGCCUACUGCGAUGCCAUGUUGGUCGAACUGCGAUUACUCAAGCGACAGUGUCUUGUAUUCACACUGGCCAACUGGUUUCAACCUGCCUACGACACCAUUGUUGCCAAGGUUAUCAUGGAGGACUCGGAAAUGGACGGUUGGGUAAUGGCGGUUGGCCGCAAACGUCGUCUGCAGGCGCUGAUGAAAGAUCAUCAAGACCUGGCAUUCUUCUGUCCCGAUAAGCGAGGACAACGGCAUCCGGGGUUGCCCGAAUCUCUAACCGUACUGAGCGAGCUGUCUGAGGCCACAACUUCAAUGCUUAAUGCUCCUAUAUGCAAGUUCUUGACUGACAAUGAGGAGUGCGUAGACUAUCUGUUUUUCUCAGAUCAAUACACGGGACCGAAGCCACCGCCCGAUGAGACCCCAUCCGCGAAACUUCCCGUCACACAGAAAGUGCUCAUAUUCGGAUUCCGUGUCGGGACGAAAGGUUCGGUGUCUGUAGAGGACAUGGAGGCUGCCGCGCCCUUGUUUCAAUUCAUAUUCUACGUGAUUGACAAGGUCCAUAGACUUCGACUGGGCAAAGAGGCAAAGGCGAAGUCCGAGCGGAACAGACAGCGAGCUUACGACACUCGUCUCAAAGCGGUACAUAGUCUUCGCCAGGAAGCUGCCCAAACACGCCGAGAAGAACGCGUCCGGGCGAACAAAGAGCGUAUAAUGGCAGAAGAGGAUCCGGAAAAGGCGCGAAGGCUGGAGGUUAUCGCAUCCAAUGCUGUCUUUCCCGUGUUCUCCGCAUCCUCUGCAAACGUGACUGUACCAGCUGGACAUGCUGAACAGAACUUUUAA